UAAAAACAAUGUUAUUUUAUUUGUUAUUUUAUUUAUGUUAUAAUGGGCGGUGCAUACUUUUACGACAUACAUUUUUUUUUCUUAACUUAAAAGCCAUUAUUCGUUUUUGUUUUUCAACUUCUGAAUUCCGUUCCAUUAAUUCAUUAACUUUACUUUGCAAACCUUUUUUAUCUAUUCAAAAUCGAACCUCUUUACCACUCACUAACUCGUUUUUUCAUGGAUGCCCUCCAACUGUUUGGUGAAAUGCCUGUGUUUAAUUUUUGGUUUUUACAUCCAAAUUUCGUCUCAACUUGAAUCGUGAUUUAUUUAGCCUUAAUGACAACUCCUUCUACGCCUUUGAGUGGCUCCUGGCCAUGUCCUUUUCGUAUGUUUCAUUGUUGCCCGGAUGGUGAAGUGGGAAAUAAGGGGAUUUCUCGGUUGAUCUCUCAUCUCAAGAGAUUGCACCUUUCUAGUGAUGAACGUAGAAGUGCGUUGCGUGAGGCUAUUUCUACGGACCAUGGGCUGUUCAAGAACGUAGAAGGUACUUUGAAGUUUUUUGGCCAAUGGAUGUGUGGGAAGUGUUUGAGUAUACAUGCAUUGAGUCGUGCAUGCCAUCACCCCGAUGGGCUUGUCCGUUUUACCAAUCGUGAUAAUGACAUAGAUAGCUACAUUAUAGGGAUUUCGAGGCCCUCUCCCAAGGCGCACGUGACCAACGUUCAUGAGUCGUUCUUGUUGGAUACCGUUCUACUAGAUCGUGUCUUUAAAGCACCCAUUGUCACCGUAAAGAGCAUCCCUCAUAGCUGUCGGUUGGUUUUCUCUCAGGCGUUGAAAACCGCUCUUUAUAAAGUGGUUGCCCAACCUAGAUCCGUUGAAGCGUGGGUUAGGUUGUUCCUUCUUCCUCGGUGCACUUUGCAAGUGGUCAGGCCAAAAAAUAGGCAAGAAAGAAGGUCUGGGAAUAGGAAGGCAUUGCAACAAAGAUCAAUUCUGAAUUCUUUAGCCACAUGGGGGAAAGAAGAUGGUAUUUUUAUGUUAGUUAAAAAUAUAUUUGAUAGUCCUACGGUGGGGUCUCUAGGUCCAAGAGGUGUUGAUAAUCCUGAGGAGAGUUCUGUUAGUAAUACCAAUGUUAGGCAGUGCCUUCGAAAGGUUGCCGAUGGCCACUUUACAGCUGCAGUGAAGGUGUUAUGUUCAUCCGGUGUUGCUCCGUACAAUGAUAAUACCAUACAGACUUUAGAGGCUAAACACCCGUACAGAGAACCUCCAUCUAUACCAGGUACUAUAUAUUCUGAGCCUCCCCUUGUAGCAGAGGUGGAUAGUGUUCUUUGCUGCAUUAGAUCGUUUCAUAAAGGAACCUCAUGUGGGAGGGAUGGCUUGAGGGCACAACACAUUUUGGAUGCUUUUUGUGGAGAGGGGUCUGCUAUUGCCACUGAUCUCUUAUGCGCUAUCACUGCGGUAGUCAACUUAUGGCUAGGGGAAAUGUCCAUCGUGUUUGGCAGAGUUUGUCGCGUCUGCUCCGCUUACACCGCUUUUAAAACCCGACAAUAGAAUUAGACCUAUUGCAGUGGGUACUAUAUGGAGGCGUUUGGUUUCUAAGGUUGCUAUGAAGGGUGUUGGUAAAGAAAUGACCAAGUACCUUAAUGAUUUUCAGUUUGGAGUCGGCGUGUCGGGUGGCGCUGAGGCCAUUUUGCACAGCGUCAGUAGGGUUCUAAGUGAACGUCACACUGAUGGGUCUCUUGCAAUGCUUACGGUAGAUUUUUCUAAUGCUUUUAACCAGGUGGAUAGAUCAGCCUUACUUCGGGAGGUCAGGAUGAGGUGCCCUUCUAUUUCUUUGUGGGUGGAAUUUCUAUAUGGGCAGCCAGCAAGAUUGUAUCUUGGAGAUGGGCACAUUUGGUCUACCACGGGAGUUCAGCAAGGGGACCCAUUGGGACCACUUCUUUUCGCGCUUGUUUUGCACCCCCUUGUGCAUCAGAUUAGAGACAAAUGCAAGCUUCUCCUUCAUGCUUGGUAUCUUGAUGAUGGGACUGUCAUUGGAGGUUCAGAAGAGGUGGCUAGAGUGUUGGACAUCAUUAAGGUGUCGGGUCCAGCAUUGGGUCUUGAACUUAAUAUUAAGAAAACUGAGCUAUUUUGGCCUUCUUGUGAUGGUAGCAAGUUUCGUGAAGGGUUAUUUCCUAAGGACAUCGGGAGGCCAUUAGUGGGGGUGAAGCUUCUUGGGGGGGCUGUUAGUAGAGACGCAAGCUUUAUUAGUGGGUUGGCAAAGAAAAGAGCUACUAAGGCAAUAGAUUUGAUGCGUCUUCUACCGAAAUUAGGUGACCCGCAGAGUGAACUACUCUUGCUUCGAUCCUGUAUGGGCAUUGCCAAACUUUUCUUUGGCCUAAGGACAUGCCAACCUGUACACAUGGAAGAUGCAGCGUUGUUCUUUGACAAAGGUUUGCGUGAGGCGAUUGAGGAAUUGGUGGUUUGCGGAGGUCCUUUCUUUGGAGACCUCCAGUGGCGACUGGCUUCUUUACCUAUUAGGUUUGGAGGUUUGGGGUUGUAUUCGGCUGUAGAGGCUUCAUCCUAUGCUUUUGUGGCCUCGAGGGCCCAAUCGUGGGUGCUACAGGACCACAUUUUAAGAGACAGUGGCAUAUGCGGUAUGGAUUCUGAUUAUGUUUGUGCUUUGGCUUGUCUUCGUGAUACGAUUCCAAGCUUUGACUUCAGCGGUUUCACUAAUAAGGACACCGCCCCCCUAAAGCCCAACAUGCAUUGGCGAGUGCUCUUUUUAGUAAAAUUGUCCACGAAAUUGAAGUACAGUUUGACUUGACCGUUAGACAAAGAGCCGUUUUUGAGUGUCUCCGAGCACCACAUGCACAAGAUUUUCUUCUUGCUAUACCUAUAGAUGGGUUAGGCCAGCAUAUGUCGCCGGUGGAGUACCGUACUAUUCUUAAGUAUCGCCUCAUGAUUCCUUUAUUCCCAGUUGAUGAGGUAUGCCCGGUUUGUCAUAAGGCGUGUUUGGAUUCUUUUGGUGAGCAUGCCGUUCAUUGUAAAGAGCUCCCGGGGUUCAAAUACCGACAUGAUUUGGUUAGGGAUGUCCUUUUUGACAUAUUCAGGUGCGCUGGCAUUUCUGCUAAGAAAGAGGCACCCGUUAAUUUCUUAACAGACCCGUUGGAAGGGAGAUCUACCCUUCGACCAGCUGACAUUCUGGUCUUUGGAUCGGUAGGAGGAAAACACGCAUGUGUGGAUCUAACAGGGGUUUCUCCGCUUGUGGGCUUAGGGAGUAGUGCUUUCACAGUGGGUCAGGCUGCUUUAAAGGCUGCUUCGGGUAAGGUGAUCAAGCAUGAGAAAGCAUGCCUUGACAACCAGCACGUGUUUAUCCCAUUUGCUUUUGAUACUUUUGGUUUUCUGGCGCCAGAGGCUGUGGACCUACUUAGUCGAGUUCAAAGGGUCAUGCAUAGUAAUGUUAUGACCCCGAGAUCUAUGGACGUAGUUUUUAAAAGGCUUAGUUUUGCUAUUCAAAAAGGGGUAGCGGUGCAGCUUGUAGCCCGUUUACCAACUAUCUCGAUGUAAAGUGAAACAAAUAUGAAAAGUCAAAUUCGAAUAAAAAAAAUUAAAGAACUAAAAAAAAAAAAAUUUGCUUAAGUGGCAUUAUUUCAUGACGAAAAUCAGGAUGAAGCUGGAACAACAGUGGUAAAAACAGUCGAACUUGAUGUAAUUCUCGGUGGGCGUGCAGUUCAAUAUAGGGAACCGCAGGGUUAUGAGUCUGAUAAGUUUAGUCUGAUAAGUUUUUGUCUUAGUUCAAACCUUGUAUUAUACCCCUUGAGGGCAGUGUUGCUUCUGGGUUUAAGGAAACCGAAGAAGAAGAAUUUUAAAUACGAUUAUACGCGUGCAAAGGAAAACGAGUUGUCAAGUUGAAGCAGGUGUGUGAACCCAUAUGUAUAUACAUGUGUGUGUGUGUAUGUUAAGGGCGUGUUUAUAUAUAUGUGUGUGAAAGUAUAAGUUGUGCUCUUUAUUCAGGUCCCUUUUUCUUGAUCCACAUUGAAUCACGAUGAUGUCUUUAUCUUGGUUCAAUAUUAGGCUAUGUGGAGGCAGGUUAUGUUUUUGUUAUGUUUCUUUUGGUUCUGUUGUUGUAUCCCAAUUUCCCCAAGCAUCUUGCUAUGGGUUCUGCUUUGUUUUUGGAAUUAUCAAAAUGUUCUUUGGCUGGCUAAAAAAGUAAAUGUGUCAUUGAUAAUCCAUAAUCUAGAGCCAGGUCUAUGAGUGGGUUAAAAUGUGGUUUAUUUUUAGCUAAUUACAUUUUGUUUUCUUGGGAAUUUUAGGUAAGAAUCAAUGGCAUCAUAGCAGAGGAAACUGAAUGUGUGCAGGGACCUAUAGAUCAGGGGUGUAGUCAAUCCAUAUAUAAAUUUAAUUUUCAUGAAUCAAUCCAUUCUUUGCGGUAUCGGUCAUAAAUUCAUGAUUGCCACAACUAAAUUUUAUUCUAAUUAUCUGCCAACUGAAAUGUGUAAAGAGACAUCUUGAUGCAAGAUGUCCAUGAGUUUAACUGUAGGAUUAUCAGUUUUGAUCAUGAUUAUAGUAAACUAGCAUAAGAUGUACAUUUGUGUUUGAAACUAUGCGAUUUCAGUGUCUAUCUCUUCUUAUUUGGCUGGAAGAAUGGUAUGAAACAGUAUAUAAACGGCAUCCUGGUUUCCGGAAAGGAUCUAAACCUCUUCUUGCACUCGAUAACCUUUUUCCAAUGGAUCUUCCCGACACUUUGUAUGGAGAAAAAUGGGCUUUUGUUCAGUUACCUUUUUCAGGUAAGUUCUUUAUUGUGUUUGAUACAGAUUGAUAUAAAAUUACUGUUAUUUUAAGUAAAAGAUUGUUGUGGAUUGGAAUCUAUUUCGGGGACUGGAGUACCAUGUUUCUGCAAAGAUUUGAAGGAACUAUUCUAUUAUGGUUUUUAUUAGUUGAAUAUAUCUUGAGAUGUUAAGGAGCGAUAGACGCUAGAAAAAUCAUUUGCCUUUUGUGUAACUAUGGAUUUCGAUUUACUGGGGAUAGAAAUCGAUGACAAUAUGCCGAUUCCUGGAUUAGCUGUUGCAUCUUCACGGGCAAGGCCGUUGGCAGGUUGGUACUUUAAUUCGAGGUGGCAACACCGAAGAAGCCACCUAUGCAACAUUGCAACAAUAGUAUGGUCAGCAACAAUAUCCGUCUCAAUGUAUGUCUUUCUGGUCCCCUUUUUUUGGUUUUUUGUUUUUGUUUUCAACCUAUUUACUUAUGAAUCGGUCGAUUCAUCAUUCAGAUUACGUUAUGUCUCUUAACAACUUAAAUAGGUAAUGUAAUAAAAAUAGAUUAAUGGAUAGAAAUUUUUUCCAAUGCAUAAAACCUCCUAAGAUGUUUAUUCAAAAGAUUAGAUUAUACUUGCAAUAUAAAUUGCACUAUUUAUUCACAAGAGUCCUUAUUUUUUAUAUAAAAAAUGUUUCUCACCAACUCAAGGCUCGGUGGUAACGUGGGUCGGGUACAAUCGAUGAUGGGAAACAGAUCUUUUUACGAUCUUGAAAAGAUUAUUGGGGUUGAUUAUUGUGAGAAUUUAUAUUGAUGAUCUGUUGGUUUUAAAGGUUUCAUGGUUUUCGGAUUGAGUGAUGGUUUCACUCUCUAGGCCUUAUCUUUUUUUGUUUCUCUCCUAGAAUUUUUUAUUCAUUGUUGGCGUUAGUCUCUGUAAUGGAGAAUAGAGGUCCAACAUUAUUUUGGUUGAGUUUUUUUUUUAAUUAUUAUUUAUUGGUCUGGCAUUUUUUUAGUUUGGCAUUUUUUUAGUGUAGUUGGAUCCAUAGAAUGUUAGUUGCUGCUUUUUUUUUCCACUUUAUACAUGCAAUAUAGAUAUUUUAAAAAAAGUUUCAAAUAAAACCAUCUAAGGUUGUGAUUUUAUGUUUGGAACCGAAUAAAUGUUUGCAGAAUAUAUAAAAGGAUAUGCACACUAUAGCAACUUUUAUUUGAGGGCUAAGGCUAUGGGGUAUGAGGGUGGUGGAUUAGAUCAUGGAUAUCCACGCAAGUGUCGGGACAUGGUUCUCGCGGUACACCGUCCCUUUCCCAAACCAUGGUGGUUAGCAUUGUUUAAUCCAUGGCAACUGUGACCCUCUUUCAAUUAAUUAGGGGAUUUUGAUUGGUGGGGGAGGAUAGUGGAUGAUCAUGCGGGUCAUGGUCCACCAUAUAGGAUGGUUUAUUAGGUUGGUAGAUGAGGGUGGGGUGACAUGGCGCUGACGUGGAGGAUGGUGGUGGUCAUUUGAGUCAUGACCACACCACAUACCCUACGUUUUGUAUAUGGCUUCAUUCAUAUAAUUUUAACUUUCACAACUUGAUUGGUUUUGCAGGGUGGAAUUCUUUGUUUGAUUUGUACCUUUGUGGGUAAUGAGUAUAAAUCUCUAUAUAACUUAAGGUGGUUGUGUCACGGCGUAGACAAACUACGGACGCGAGACAAUGGUGAUUAGCAAUGGUAGUUGCUCGGUUGGUUUAUUCGUAGAUGUUUAGAAUCUGUAUGAAUCGAUUACGGGGUUGUUUGGGAUGAAGGAAACAGUGGGCAUGAGUGAGUCAGUUCAGUCAAGGUUGGUCAAACUUGGCAAGAUGAUGGUUGUGUUGUCUUUAGGCGGCGUAGACGAACUACGGACGCCAAACAAUGGUGAUUAGUGAUGGUAGUUGCUCGGUUGGUUCACUCUGUACCGUUUAAGGGGUUGUUUGGGAUGAAGGAAACAAUGGGAAUGAGUGGGUCAGUUUAGUCAAGGUUGGUCAAACUUGGCAAGAUGGUAUGUGUCUUUAUUUUAUUAUGGGCUGAUACAAGUUUGUGAUGAAUGGCUUUGCUUCAUUUUUGUAUAUAUAAACAAAGUGUUGUAAUAUUUUUUUAUUAAUAAUCAACGUUAUAAUGUUUUUGUUUUUUUA